ACUCUUGGCAAUCUAUUGGUCAAAUUAGAUGCAGUUCAUGCAAGUCGAUAAUUGAACAAUUUAUGGGUCGGAUACUUUUUCAUAGCUAGCCCUAAACAACUAACAAACGGUGAACCAAUCCAAAUAAACCGAUCAACAAUCAACAAGUAACAGCUCAUUAUUUACUUUUUUCUUCGUCUGCAAUUCCACCUUCCAAUUCUCUCUCACAUCUGCUUCUAGGGUUUUCUACCUUUUCUCCGCGAAGUUCAUCAUGAGUCGUCAUCCGGAAGUAAAAUGGGCCGAAAGGGCAGACAAAGUAUACCUUACUGUGAUGUUGCCUGAUGCAAAGAAUCCAAAGGUUAAUCUAGGGCCUGAAGGAACAUUUACUUUUACUGCUACUGGUGGGGCAGAUGAUAGUGCUUACGAACUGACACUCGAUCUUUUUGACAAGGUCAAUGUGGAGGAAAGCAAAAUUAAUUAUGGAGUCCGAAGCAUAACCUGUAUACUAGAGAAGGCAGAGAUGAAAAGGUGGAAUAGGCUUCUACGUGGAGAUGGAAAGGCUCCACAUUAUGUAAAAGUAGAUUGGGAUAAGUGGGCAGAUGAAGAUGAAGAUAAUGGUAAUGCUCCAGCAGAUUUUGAUCUUGGUGGAAUGGACUUUUCGAAAUUCGGAGAUUACGCUGGUGGUGGUGGUGAGGAUUUUGAUGAUAGUGAUGAUGAUGAUCAAGAAGUAUCGAAGCCUGAAGUAGAAGGAGCACCCAAGGGAGCUGAGAAAGUUGAGGAAGUUGCUGCCACAGAGAAGACCGAAGCAUCAAGCACAUGAGGUUAUUUUUUAGACUAGUUUGUGACCAGGACUGACCAAUCUUCAUAUUUGGAAAAUAUUUUGCUUCUGUAUUUUUGGUGGGAUGGAUUUUCUGUGUGCAAUCCUUUUCCCGGGAAUCUGGCAGCUGCAUGCUUACCCAUGCUCAUAUGAAGCAUAAAAGUUGAGCUAUCUUAGGCAGGAUAGAUAAUGGAUAUCUGUUCUCGACUGCUUGUUUUUGUUUUUCCAUUGACUUCCACAAGGAUUCUAUGAUUAAUAUGAUUCUCUUGUCUUGGUUUUUAUCUCU